UUAAAAUACCCGAUACGGAUUUCAAAAGGGAUUAAAAAGUGAAAGUUAUAUUUCAUUGUCCUUUCAAAAAUGUAAUGUCGCUUAUAUUUGUGAUCAAAAGGAAGUUUGGUUGGAUCAUGUAGGAUUGGAUAUGUUGGAUAUUUAUAGAAUGCCGCCAAAAUCAACGUAAUCCUGUAAAAAAUGACAGACGACGUUGACCCGGACGAACUCCACCCCAUGUUUCAAGUGAUGCUUGAACGGACGGACGAUUGGCGUCCAGGAGAGAACGUCUCCAGUCUGGAUUACAACUUUCUAUCUCGCCAUCCGGCCAUGUCCAUUUUCUUCCUUGUACUGACGUCCAUUGCAACGUUCGUGGGGAAUGUUGGUAACUUUAUGGUAAUUGGAGCUAUUCUGAGUUACCGCCCGUUGCUUAGGACCAAAGGAAACAUGUUUGUGAUCAAUCUAGCCCUAGCGGAUAUUUGUAUUACCACCAUUGUUAGUCCAAUGAACAUGGUCGGUGUCACCAAAGGGCCAAGGUUUUUCCUGGACAAAGUGUUACUGUGUCACAUGUUAGGAAGUAUUUGUACGGUCAGCUGUCUUGUGUCGAUGGCUUCUAUAGCUGCUGUUGCAGUAAACAGAUUGAUACAAAUUUGCAAGCCGUUUAUAUAUCACCGUAUCUACACACACAAAAAGACAAUACUUUAUUGCGUUGGUCUCUGGAUCUGGGCCAUGCUCCUUGAUCUGCCAAAUUGGGUCGGCUGGGGCGGUCACACCUUUGCCUUAAAGGAGAUGGGAUGCACGUUUGACCGGCUUGCCAACUAUGGAUAUACCAUUUUUAUGACCAUCAUGUCAAUCUUCCUGCCAAUGACCGUUGUGCUUAGUUGUUAUAUUGCAAUUCUAAUAUAUGUGAGAAAUAGCCGAAGAGAGGUGCGAAAAUUUGGUAGAAGCGAAAAUACCCCGAUGCGCCUAUCACGAUCCAGCAAACGUGGUGGAUCUGCAAAGAAAAUGUCGUAUAAAAAGGACGAUCUACAGUUCGCGAUCAUUCUAUUUAUAUCUUUUCUUGCAUUUGUGCUCUGCUGGAGUCCGUACAUGAUAGCUUUAAUAUUUGAUUUUGAAGACCAAUGGCCAAAGGAAAUCUACGUUGCCGGGACACUACUUGGACAUUCAAACAGUUGUCUAAACCCUAUUAUAUACGCAAUGGGAUACGCACGAUUUCGCAAGGGUUAUUAUGUUUUCAUUCAUAAACUGUUUUGUAUGAAGAUAAAGCGUAACUCAAACUUCUAUGAUUCGAAAAGCACACUGCGUUAUACUAGCAGAAUUUCAAGAAGUCCUCUCAAAACACCUACAAUUGACAAGACAUUACAAAUUACACAACAUACGCCCAUACGAGAAAAACAUUUCAACAGCAGUGAAAAUGUUUCAAGAAGUAGCAAUUGCAGUUCGUCCUGAUUCUUUUUCA